CAUGGACUAUUGCGCAUGCCCACAUCUGUGACAUACCCACGUGAACGCGGUGUGGUUGGAGCAAUGUCGAAAUCAAAACAAAAACGAGCUAAACGCCUUGGUUUUUUGGGGAAACAUAAGAAUAAAGAUGGGAAAAAUACCGACGCCUCGGGAGGCACAAGUUUUAAGCAGCAGUCAUCUGUGCAACAUGGCAAGGACCGAAAGUCAGAAGAAAUUAGAAAGCAAAGGCUUCAAGAACUCCAAGAAAGGCAGAAGAUCUCCAGAGAACAACAGCUGGUCAAGAGGAGGAAUUUGCAAAGCUUUCAAAAUGACAUCCUACAGAGGCAGAGAGAGUUUGAGCAAAGGGAAACAGAGAUGCAGAGUUUGGAAAAACAUGUGCACUUUGAAAAUGAGAGCUCAAGAAAAGCAUAUUACAGAGAAUUUAAAAAGGUAGUGGAGGCUGCUGAUGUGAUUUUAGAGGUUUUGGAUGCACGGGACCCACUGGGGUGCAGAUGUCCCCAGGUUGAGCAGGCAGUCAUUCAAAGUGGAACAAACAAAAAGCUUGUGUUGGUGCUCAAUAAAAUUGAUUUAGUGUCGAAGGAAAUUGUGGAGAAGUGGAUUAAAUAUCUGCGGAAUGAGUUUCCAACAGUUGCUUUCAAGGCGUCUACUCAACAGCAGUCCAGAAACUUGAAACGCAGUAACGUAUCAGUGACUCAAGCCCCUGCAGAGCUCCUCAGCAGCAGUGUUUGUCUUGGUGCAGAUUGCUUGAUGAAGCUACUCGGUAACUACUGCCGUAACCUUGACAUAAAGACAGCCAUCACUGUGGGUGUAGUAGGUUUUCCAAAUGUGGGAAAGAGCAGUUUGAUCAACAGUUUAAAGCGUGCAAGAGCGUGCAAUGUUGGAGCAACUCCUGGUGUCACAAAGUGCCUUCAAGAAGUGCACUUGGACAAACACAUUAAGCUUCUUGAUUGUCCUGGCAUCGUCAUGGCAACGUCAACAAGUGACGCUGCGAUGAUUCUCCGGAAUUGUGUGAAAAUCGAACAGUUGGUUGAUCCAAUUCCUCCUGUUGAAGCCAUCCUCCGACGUUGCAACAAGGCACAAAUCCUUCAGCACUACGGAGUACCUGACUUUCACACAGCUCUGGAGUUCUUGGCGUUGCUUGCGCGGCGUCAGGGGAAACUAAGAAAAGGCGGGCUGCCUGACACCGACAAAGCAGCAAAAAGCGUAUUAAUGGACUGGACAGGGGGAAGGAUCAGCUAUUUCACUCAUCCACCUGAGACACACACACUUCCCAUGCACGUCAGCGCUGAAAUUGUGACAGAGAUGGGUAAAGCUUUUGACUGGGAUGAGCUUGAAAAUGGAAAUCGGGAAGUUCUUGCAGAUUCAUCUUGUUCUGAUAUGCAAAUGGGAUUCUGCAUCGAAACCAUGGGAAUGACAAACGGCAACCAGGCUCAAGAUCCCUCUCACCAAGAAAUGGAAGGAGAGUCAGUAGUGGAGCCGGAAUUUAAAGAGGAAGCUGAAUCAAUGGAGGAUGAGCAGGAUCCAGAGUUUGGACCAAUGACAGUGGAGAUAAAAUCUCAGAAGUUCAAGAGUGUCGUGCCUGAAAGUGAUCCUGCAUCCAAGGCUCCAGAUUUGAAGGAUAUUGUCAAUGUGGAUCCUUUACAGCAAGGCCAGGCACUUCUGGCUGCCGGCAAGAAGCGGAAGAAGCGACAAAAAAGAGCGGACAAGCUUGCUACCAAACUAUCAGACACCUUGACAUCUGCAAUGGAUUUCUCGUUUUGUGACAGCUGAUUAAAGAAAAAAAAAAC